CCAUCACAUGUUGUAUAAUUCCAUUAUACGAAAUGUCCAAAAUCUGCAAAUUCAUAAAAAGAAAAUAGAUUAGUGGUUGCCAAAGGGAGUUGGUGGCAUAGGAUGGUAGCUAAAGGAUAUAGUCUUUUUGAGGAAAUGUGUGCUAAAGCUGAUAGUGGCAGUGAUUGCACGUGUAUAUGACUGUACGAGAAACCGUUGAAUUGUACCUUUUAAUUGGUGCCUUGUAUGGCAUGUGAAUAUCCCCACAAAGCUAUUCUAAUCUAAAAAGAAAGAUGGCAGCCUGAGACUGGCAAGGUAGCAGGGGUGAGAAGUGGCCUGAUUGACCUGGCGGGCUUUGUUGGGUGAUAGGACAGGGAAAGAGAGAGAAAAGACAGAACAGUUUAGAGAACGGAAUUGCCUUUUUUGAGAUGGGGGAAACGGGCCUCAAUUUCCAAGGGGAGAGAUGAAAGAGGCAGCUAGGUAACUGAGUAUGGAGUCUGUGUCUCCAUAGAGACACAGUUUGGGAGGCUGCACAGAGGUGGUUAAAGCGCUAGGGCUGAUGGUCACAGAGAAUGAGUGGCAGAAGGGCCAGAAAUUGGGCUCGGGACCCUCAGCAUCCAGCUCAGGAAGAAGAGGGACUGCUUUAGUACUUCCACCCCCUAGGCUGGGGCUGGGUUGCAGCAGGGAGGACAAAAGACAGUAUUCUCAUGUUUGGGUCCCUUGCCGCCUGCACCCAGUAGGCGCUCUGUAUGUAUUGGAUUAAACGAAGCCAGGAGCACCAUGGCAGAACAGGAUGUGGAAAACGAGCUUCUGGAUUAUGAGGAAGAUGAAGAGCCCCAGGCUCCUCCAGAGAGCACUCCAGCUGCCCCCAAGAAAGAUGUCAAGGGUUCCUACGUUUCCAUCCACAGCUCUGGCUUCCGGGACUUUCUGCUGAAGCCUGAGCUCCUGAGGGCCAUAGUGGACUGUGGCUUCGAGCAUCCAUCUGAGGUCCAGCACGAGUGUAUUCCACAAGCCAUCCUGGGCAUGGACAUCCUGUGCCAGGCCAAGUCAGGGAUGGGCAAGACAGCGGUUUUUGUGUUGGCCACCCUGCAGCAGAUUGAGCCCGUCAACGGACAGGUGACGGUCCUGGUUAUGUGCCACACUCGAGAGCUGGCCUUCCAGAUCAGCAAGGAGUAUGAGCGCUUCUGCAAAUACAUGCCCAGCGUCAAGGUGUCUGUAUUCUUCGGGGGCCUCUCCAUCAAGAAGGAUGAGGAGGUGUUGAAGAAGAACUGUCCCCAUGUCGUGGUGGGGACGCCGGGCCGGACCCUGGCGCUUGUGCGGAACAGGAGCCUCAACCUGAAGAAUGUGAAGCACUUUGUGUUGGACGAGUGUGACAAGAUGCUGGAGCAGUUGGACAUGCGGCGGGACGUGCAGGAGAUCUUCCGCCUGACACCCCACGAGAAGCAGUGCAUGAUGUUCAGCGCUACCCUGAGCAAGGAGAUCCGGCCCGUCUGCAGGAAAUUCAUGCAAGACCCCAUGGAGGUGUUUGUGGACGAUGAGACCAAGCUCACGCUGCAUGGGCUGCAGCAGUACUAUGUCAAACUUAAGGACAGUGAGAAGAACCGCAAGCUCUUUGACCUCCUGGAUGUGUUGGAGUUUAACCAGGUGGUGAUAUUUGUGAAGUCGGUGCAGCGCUGCAUGGCCUUGGCCCAGCUCCUCGUGGAGCAGAACUUCCCAGCCAUUGCCAUCCACAGGGGCAUGGCCCAGGAGGAGCGCCUGUCACGUUAUCAGCAGUUUAAGGAUUUCCAGCGGCGGAUCCUGGUGGCCACCAAUCUGUUUGGCCGAGGAAUGGACAUUGAGCGUGUCAACAUUGUCUUCAAUUAUGACAUGCCCGAGGACUCAGACACCUACCUCCACCGCGUGGCCCGUGCGGGUCGCUUUGGUACCAAAGGCCUGGCCAUUACUUUCGUAUCUGAUGAGAAUGAUGCCAAAAUCCUCAAUGAUGUCCAGGACCGGUUUGAAGUGAAUGUGGCAGAGCUUCCAGAAGAAAUAGACAUCUCCACAUACAUUGAGCAGAGCCGGUAACCACGUGCCUGGAUGCCCCGGAGCCCCCCUGCUUCCCACGUGUUGCUUCAAGUCCUCUUCCUAGGUGACAGUGGGCCUUUCUUUUUACUGUUUAAAAGCUGUAGAUUUGUGUAAGAAUAAAUUUUUAUUAUGGAA